GGGUAGGCUGGAAAGUAUUGUCAUUUUCAAACCGCUCUACUAUAAUUUCGAUUUUUUAAUUGUGAUAUGGCCAACCUGACCAAUAUUUUAUAAAAUGGCGUUCAUUUUGUAAGCCAAGUUUUUAAGUAAUUAACAGUAAUUAGUAUGAUUGAUAUGAAUUAAACACCUUUCCAAUACGAUCAGAAUCGGUUUGUGAUGUGAUAUAAAUGUGUCAUUCAUUUUUAAAAGUGUAAUUUAUGAUAUACAUGCAGUUGAAUUUGAAUUCAAUCAAAUUCUUUCAAUCGUCAAGGUCUAACCUAAUCGUUAAAAAAAUCACUUUGCUCUUCAAUCAGAAGCCGGUUUCUCAAUGAGCACAUUUCUUACAUUUAUAAAUAUUCUUGGAUUAGAGAACAGUAAUUUCAUUUUGACUACUCAAUCAUGAGCAACCAAAACGUAUGCAGGUUGUGCUUGAAUGAAACCAAUGAUGUGUGCCCCAUGUUCGAUGAUGCCAAGGAUGCCACAGCUAGUCCAAAACUUUCGUUAUCUGAGAGGAUAAUGAGUUUUGCUCAUAUUAAAAUUGCCAAAGGCGAUGGACUUCCUGAAUCGGUGUGUGUGGAAUGCAUGACUCAGGUGGAAAUCGCCUAUCACUUCAAAUUGCUAUGUGAGAAAUCAGAUUCUACUCUAAGAAAGUCGCUUAAAAGUAAAGAAAAAUCAGGUGGUUUGCUGUCUGUGAGAAAAGACCUGAUGGAAACUGACAGACCAGACACAGAAGCUAAUUCUGAUGCGGAAACAGAAGAAAGGGAGAGACAUGCAGCGAAUGAUACGGAAUCAGUGGAUUGCUGGGAAAUGAUGAACUUCACUCCCGAAGUCAUUAUUAACGAGGAAGACAGUCGAGACUCAACAGCCGAUACCAGCGCCGAUUUCAGCCAAUACAAAGGCAGCAACGGCAAGCACCACGAGAUGGCCUCACCGGCCGCCAUGAUGGACCAACAGUUGUACCAACUGUCGCAGGUGGAGGCCAUCCUGCGAAACCACGGCACCGAGAUCAAAGUGCAGGGCAGCAUGCCCCCAGAGCGCAGGAAGUCGACCGGUGCAAGUGUGCCGGCACUGCACCGGUUGCAUGCUCCCAAAACGUCGCUAUCGUUGCAGGCCACCGCUAUGCUGGCUAAUGGCGCCAGGGAGAAUGGGGCCGAGGGAUAUGUGCCCAUGUACGGAGUGGAGGCGAUACUCAGUAACGGCGAGGUGGCUACUAACGGAAGAUCAUCGAGACGGUCCCGCGACGGUGAGAAGCUGUUCAAGUGCCGCCUCUGCCCCAAGUCGUACUCGUUCUCAUCGGCGCUGAGCCGCCACAAGGCCGUUCACAACAAGUCGCUGCGGCCGCACAUCUGCGCCAUCUGCAACAAGGGCUUUGCCGAGCCCGAGAAGCUGGAGCGUCACAACAGGACGCACAUUAUCGACCGCCAGUACCGCUGCGAGCACUGUGGACGCGUUUUCAAGGCGCUCAACACCUACGAGAGGCACAUAAACACAAUCUGCUCCUACCGUAAUAGCAAGGAGAACUCGAUGCUUUACGGCAAAUUCGUCAGCAGUUGAGAUGUUGUUGGGAGACUCAAAUUCAAUAUGGCGGACUCCGAGAGACACAAAAUGGUGAUUUCUGGUGACUUCACACGCCGUAGCAGACAUACACAUAUACACACUCACUCACGCACACCAAACUGACGAAACGCACGCGCCAAAAAGGAAAGUAUUUCCAUGAAAUAAUUUUUUUAUAAUCGUGUUUUAAGUUGAGUUGAUGUGUUGAGUGUGGAUUGAUUCAUAUAUAAAACAUAUUGAUCAUCGUAUAAUAUUUUUUGAUUUUACGAUACUAUAAUUAUUUUGAUAGUAUCAGUGAUCAUAAAUAAUAUUUGAUAUUAAGUCGGAAUUUAACUUUGUUUUAUUAUUAUGCCUGGUUUCCACCAGUAGACGUACUAGCUACUGAAAGCAGGUUAUCAUUAUUUAUUUGAAUGAUUAUUUAUAACGUGAUACAACAUCUUCAGUAUUAUUCACAUUAUCAAUAUAAAUUAGUACAUGAAAACUCCAUUAGUGAAGAUGAUAUUGAGAUAGACGUUCAUAUUGAAUGAUAAAACAAGAUUUUAACCAUUACUCUAUUUAAAAAAAAAAUUGGUAAAUGAACUGUAAUCGCCUAAGCUGUCACAUUUACUUUUUUGUGUUGCCUUUGCUCUUUGAUGGUGAUAUUGUGGUAAGGAUUUAUAUACAAUUAAAAGCAUUGAAUUGCUACAAACAAUUAUUGUUUAAUCAAUCAAAAUUACGAAAAACUAGCUAACUAUUAUCAUAAUAGUUAAUCUCUCUAAUAAUCUUCGAACUAGUGUAUUGGAAGUUGAUGAUGCUGCAAAAACUGAACUAGUUUCGUGUUAAUCUAAUGAAGUAGUGUCUGUGCGUUUAUGUAUUUUCAUGUCAUGAACACUUUUCCUGAAAGGGAAAUUCGCUAACGGGAAUGCAGGGUUCUUGUAAUGUAUUACAAAAAAGUUUUUCAACAUUUCUUGUCCAUUUAAAUUCAAACUAUUUCAACAUUCACUUUUUUUUCUAUUUUUCUUUCACAAUCUUCAUUAUUUUCAUCAGAGUGGUUCGUGAGGCUCUUUGUUGGUGGGGAGUCUCUUGCGGGAAGGUCCCACCUCGUCUAUAUAUAAUUAUAAUUUAAAGAUUCAGUGGACCUCACGACUGCCAUACUUCAGCCGGGACCGACAGUUUAACACUUAUAAUUACCCUUUAGUAUGAUGCACAUGCUUCACCUGGGUUGAGCAUCAUUCAAUAGAAUUAAAUCGGGUUGAGAUUACUGAAACGUGAUAAAAUGCUUCCAAAACAUUUUGUUAGUGAUAUUACUCUAUUGAGAUCUUCCAGUAUUUUCAAUCAAUGUAUUAAUCUCUCUCAAUGUUUACUUUCUUGUUAGGGUUACUUGUAUGUACAUAAAAUAAAAUCAAUGUAUCCUUUUUAACAUUUAUUUAUUUUUAAUAAGGCUACUUUGAUUUUUUAUUUUAUGUAUAUCUCUCAAGUCUGAGAGAAUUUCUUAAAGUUUGAAGAAGAACUAUUUGUUUUAAAUUCUAAACGAAUCAAUCCACAUUCAACCAGCAAUCAACUUUAUUGAGCUUUCCAAACUUUCAAAUUGCAUUUGGAGUAUAUUUUUUAACAGUUAUUAUGUGACCCUAGCUGAUAAGUUUCAUGAUCAAACAUAGUAUUAGAUCUCAAUUUACUGCUGAAUGUAAUUAUAAUAAUUGUUCUAAUUCAGUCCAGUCCCUUGCUAAUUUUAUUGCGUUUAUUUAUAUUUUCUCCUAUUUUGAACCUUAGCUCUUAUUGACAUAACGCUCAUUUUUGUUUAGAUUUAGUCGUAGCUCUAACAUCACUAUAAUUUUAAUAUUUAAACUACGGUUAGUUUUUGAUCAACGAUCAUUCUAGUUGAUAUGAGCUACUAGGUACUCUAUUUUGGGUAUUCUAUUUGUCAGUAUUUAUCUUUGUGUUGUGCUUUAAAAUUUAGUUUUACAUUUUACAAGGUAAAAUAACGGUUUACCUCAAAACAAACACUAAAUACCUUACACAAGGUUCACAUUUUUACAAAAAAAAUGUUUAUAUAAUUUGUUCUUCAAUUAAUUCUCCCCUGUGAAACUAUUUCUAAUGGUGAAAACAUUAGAAUAUUCCCCUGUGAAACUUUAUUUCUAAUGUUUUCAAUUAGAAGAGAUGAUACUCUAUAAAUAUUAUUAUUUCUUGGUUCUAUAAAAACCAUGUGCCAUAUUAUUAUCAUAUUAAGUUUUCUUUGUCAGUUUAGAAAAAUAGUAUUAUAAUCUCAAUUGAAAACUUAUUUCAUCAGCAAUAUAUGGCAUCAUAUGAUGCUGGCAACACUUUCAACGGAAUAUUAAAAUUGUAAGGAUAAAAUUAAAAAUCAAAAACUUUUAAAAUCCAGCCUCCAUUUUUCAGCUAUUUCAAUCAAUAAAUUUGUUUGCACGUUCAGUUGCAUAUACAUGAAUAUUAUGAUAUUAUAAAAUACAUCCUUAUAGUCGCUACCCAUAACUAUUAACAUGAUUGAUAUAUUCAUACUCGUACGAAGGAUAAAACCAUUUUAAUUCAUGAUUAUUGGAAAGCAAACUUUGUUUAUCAAUAACAUGUGGAGAUAAUUUAUUGAGGUAUUUACAAAUUUACAUGAUGAUAACUCAAAUAUACAAGUUUUUAUGGCCUCAAUAAAUGUUUAUAUUUACUAUUUUUAUUGUUAUAACAAGCAAACUAAGAAACUGUUUACAUGUUUUUAUUUAAUGUACAAGUUUUAUGUUACAACAUCUAUAUAUAUUAAAUAAUGUAACUCCCUCUGCAGGUAUACACGACUCAGGAUAUUAAUCUUUACAUAUAUUAAACAAUGCCUAUAUAGAAGUAAGCUUUUUGUAACAGCAUGCAUGUGUAUUUUGAUUUUUAUAAAUGUGAAAUCAUUUACUCCUUGAAAACUGAAUUUCUUCAGUUACAAUUUAAGCAAUAAUACAAUAGUAUUAUUUUAUUGUUGUGAUUGUCUCUGUAACUAUGUUUUUAUAACAAAUAAGACGAGAAUGAACUGGGGUUUUACUGUAUACAAUAAUAAUUAAUAUGGAACUAGAAUUAAAUUACAGUAUCUAUUGUGUAUUAUCAUAGAGAAAGCAUAAGGUUUUCUGAUUGCUUAUUCUAUGGUAUCAUCUCCAGAUUAUACAAAGAAAUAAGUAUUUCUUUAUUAUUGCCUAUGUACAUUUAUACUAUUGCAUAGUAUUUAUUAAUGAGUGUUUAACAAACAUUCUGAUAUAAUAUCCUUGAAUUACCAGCAUUAUUAGAGCUUAAUAAUGAAAUUGUUGAUAUAUUUAAACAAUUUUAUACAUUCAAAUGUUUAGUUUUGAAACACUUUAUGCCACUUUUGGUUUUAAUGUGUGUUACUUUUGUGAAUUCAAGUUAUUAACUUGAUGAAAUUUGAAAGAGAAUUCUUACAAUUCAAACGAUUUUGCAAGGCUGUGAAAUACUUUGUUGUAUUUACUGUACAGUACAAUACUUUGUAUUUUACUUUACAUUACAAUAAUUUGUAUUGUAUCUAUCAGGCUACCUUUGUAUCAUGAUACUGGCUUCAAUGUUUAAUUACAAUUUUUCAUUGAUUCGUUAAAAUUAUGUUAUUCAUUAAUAAAUCGGUUGAAUCUAAAAACUAAGUGGUUCUGUGAACAUGAUUAAUGCCGUACUGUAGAUAAAAUAAUCCUAAAAUGAUUACUCACCAAAUUACUUGAACAUCCAUUGUUCUCAUAAUGCCUCCAAUAAAGACUGCAUAAGUGUUUUUGUAACGUAAUUAUCAAUCACUUAUGUUGAUAAUAUUGUGUAAUAAUUGUGAAUCUUUUCACCCAGGAAAUUGGGUCAUUUUUCCCACUUGAACAUCACCAGAAAUUGAAUGAUUUAUUUUGAUAGCCAAAUAUGGCUUCCACAGAUUCUAUUCAUUUAUUAUGAACUAUCUUUAAAUAUUUGAAGCUAUCAAUCAUGCUUCAUGCAUGAACUAUUUUGCCUCUAUGAAAAUCACAUCACACGUUUAUAACAAAGCUGUUAUUAUUGAUAAUAUAUUUCAAAUAUAGAGUUGAAAUAUUAUCAAGGAAUUAUAUUAUAUUAAUUGUACUUGUUUAGUUAUAGCAGCAUGAAAAAAGACCACACUCGUCAACCAAUAUCAAUUUCUAGUCUAAACUAAAUUUAUUUUGCUCUGUGCCAUACUCAAAUUCUGAAAAGAUGUAAAUGAAGUUACAACACUUGGAGAUUGUAAAUUGUAUUCCUCAUUUCUAGAUUUAGUUCUCAACUGAACCAAAUUGAACUGAUUCCCUUCCUUGCA